AUGGCGGCCCCACCAACUGAUCCGAACGGCUCGAGCGAGACCAAUGGCUAUUGGGGCCAUGUCGAUGAGCUCCGUCAGCACACUCACGAUACUUUCAUUAUGCAUCCUGCUGUACCUCCUCUAAGCUUCCAGGCUACGUGCCACCGCACCAAUGAUCGCGCAGAUUUAACCACCUCCAAUCAAGCCAACAAUCUUUCUCCCCAGGCACCAUUCAUGCCGUCCGCCGACCCUGGUCCAGGGCCUCGUCGUGAAUUGUUUCCGGAUAUCUUGCCUCAAGGUCACACGCCGCCUCCGUCUAUCAAAGAUAGUAUCCCUAACUUGAGAGGUGGGAUGCCCGAUUUCCCCAAAGGUGCCAAACCCGGGCCUGAAGAUGCACAAACCGAUAACGACCACGAUUUCGAAUAUUCGACACCUUCGUCUAACGUGGAUCAAGCCCCACGUUCUGUGAGCACUGCGGAGCACGCCGACUCUGCUACGAUUAUGGUCACGGGUCAGGUUCACACACCUGGCGCAACGGGGAGUGCGACAAUCGCAGCCACGAAAAGGAAUGGGUCUCGCAGAAACAAACAAUAUACUCUUCCUGAUGGUUCAGUCGUGUCAGGGAAAGGGCUCGGUCGGGGGAGGCCUGGGAUCAAGCGUGGACCAAGAAAGUCGCAGGUUGGGGAUCAGCCAUCGCCACAGGUAAUGUCCGUCGACGGCGCUGAUGCGUCCUCCCCCGGUCGAGGACCUGAGAGCAAGGAGCGUAAAAGUCCUGGUUCUGAUUUCUCUCUCCGGUGGGCCUCGUCACCAGAACCGGCUGCAUUGGAUUCCGAAGAGAGCUCGGAGGAAUAUAAUCCUACCCUACAUACACGAUCUGGAAGGCAGACACAGAAACCAACUCCCCUCACCAAGACUAUUGCUGCGAGCGCGAGCGCAAGCGCAAGCCCGUCUGGCAAAGCUUCGCGCAAUACGCCAAACGUGAAUGGCAGCUCAACCUCGACUCCCUCCAUCAAGACUCACCCGAAAAUCAAACGAAGGAUCUACCGUGGUCGCGAGCAGUUUGCACUGUGCGAACAUUGCCUGCGCGGACAUGGCCCACCAGGGAAUGUUAUUGUGUUCUGCGAUGCAUGCAACAAAUGCUGGCACCAGCGUUGUCACGAACCUCAAAUCUCGAAACAGACGGUUGCAGACACGAAAGCAGAAUGGUACUGUUCCGAAUGCGAUCGGAUCCUGCAUGGCAAAAAGAAGGAGAAGAAGUCAACUGCAAAGAUUAGCGCUCAGCCUGUGGUCGUUGCACCACCAGCCGUUCAGCAAGCGCCCACAUAUGCCGGACCGCUUGUAGGAGGACGCUUUCUAGCCCCCGAGCAGAAGCUUGCAUAUCUCAAAACGCUGUCCAAAGAGGACCUGGUUCUACGUCUGCUGCACGCUUCCGACCUCGCACCUGAUCUGCCCAUCUUUCAAACACUCGUGCCACCCGCGCCUCCUCCGGUGGUCAUGCCUCAGGCUCAAUUUACUUCCACGUAUGUCACGCCGGUGUCCAAAGUGCCAUCGUUUAGGAACAAGGAUGGUGGGGAGGGUGACGAGGUGGAUGAAGGUUACGACGGAUACUAUGAUGAGCAUGCAGCGCUGUAUCCGAAGCCCGGGCAUGGAUUGCAGCUUCCGCCGGAAAGCGAGGAUUUACAUAUGCUGCUGGAGGGCAAGGAGAGUAAAACAUUCAGCCAUUGGCAGAGGUCGACACCGGGCCCAUUAUUCAGUGGUUCGGGCAAUAUUUUUUCGGCAGCGCAUUGA